AUUGUCAUCUAUCUUGUCGCGCGCGACACAUUCUGCUGCUGAAUGCACCGAGGAUCAAGCGUUCUGACCUGAAAUCUGACAGACACGCGGAUGGUGGAUGUUAUCCCGCUCGUCUCCGAGCCUGCCGAGGGGGUGCAUCCGGAUGCGUGGUCCCAGCAUUCUCGACUGCCAGUGGUAUGUGUGUCGUCCAAUUUGGUGGGGAUCCUUCACACAUGGGUCUGGGCCGCCCAGCGAUAUGUGCUACCAACGUGUACAGGACCUAGGUUCAUUAGGACGCCGCCCCGACGAUGCCUCAGCGGAGAUAGUAAACGUGGAAUACCAGCGAGACUUCUGUCAAUCGUCUUACUGACCCAUUGCUACUCCUGCAUGUCCGCAGUUGAUGCCCUCGAGCUUUCGCACCGUCGAGAUCUGGAGUCCGUUGGCCGACGGUUCGCACCAUUUCCGCUUCACGACUACCUUUCCCGAGCCGAGGAAUGGGUACAUGACUGAACUCUGCCGUAAAAUGCUACACAUUGCGCCAACCUUCCCCUUCUCCGUUUGCUAUGCCCGAUGCCUUGGUGGCCAAGCUGCUCUCUCAGCCGCUCCCCCUUCCGAAGGUUCCGAAGGAACCAGAACUCGAACGUGUUCCCGGCCUCGAAGAGAUUGAUCCUGUCUUUCCAGCACUCCGGGAAUGCAGAAUCUUCCACCAUCGAAC